AUGACUGAAAACAUGCAUGCUUUUAUUACUCUCGUACUACUUCAAGCAACGUUUCAUUGUGUGUGCACAGAUUCCAUUGAAAAACACCUUUUUGGGCACUACAGUUCCAUCAUGAAACCUCGAAGAAAUCAGAGUGAGCUUGUGGAAGUUAACAUCUCGAUGACGAUCAAAACUGUUCUUAAAGUAGAUGAGCGUUUUCAAUAUAUCUCUUUCUAUGCCUGGUUUAGCGUCCAAUGGAGGGAUGAAUUUCUGACAUGGAACGAAACCGAAUAUCCGGGAAUCAAAGGAAUCAAUGUUCCCUAUCAAAAAGUGUGGAUACCGGAUAUCUCAUUGUAUUAUUCCGAAAAUCAUAUACAUGACCUUGGGGUUCAUCCUUUUGUAUCCAUCACUUCUCAAGGUCACGUGACUUGGUUUCCAGGAGCUAUGUAUACGUUGCAGUGUCAUUUGAAGGUGCACAAAUUUCCUUUUGAUGAGCAGAGAUGUAACUUUGUUGUUGGAGCUUGGCAGACGACUGAUUGGAUGCAAAAAGUGAUUCCCAGAAGGCGUACAAAGAAUGCAGCUAGUGAAAUCGCAGAGAAUGGAGAGUGGGACUUCAAACAGUUCACAUUCUCUGUAGAAUAUGAUUCAGAGUUUGAUUUGACACAGAUUGUGUACACUUUGGUGUUCCAGAGAAGGUAUCUUUACUUCAUAUUAAGUACGAUCAUGCCCGUGAUUAUCCUAGCCAUUCUGAAUUCUUUAACGUUUUUGAUUCCAGCAGAAUCGGGGGAGCGGAUUGCAUAUUGUUUGACCCUGUUUCUCACCUUUACCGUAUUUCUGACCCUGUUUGAUCAAACUAUGCCACGAAAUUCCACAGAUGUUCCUUUUAUAACGGUUUUUAUCGCAUUCCACUUAUUUCUUUGCGUCAUUUCAACUAUAGUUUCCAUCUUCACUAUUUCAAUCAAAACGAAAGCCGGAAGUAAGGUUGAACCUUUGGAAAACACCAAUGAUCUCCAUCGCUUCAAUGGUGUUCCUGAAGACAAUAAGCAGAGGAAGUGGAGUGUGGGCACUAGACAGAAGACUAGGAGGGAUUGCUGCAAAGCUGACAUUCUGACUAGAAUUGACUCCAUCAUGCUUGUGAUGAAUUUUCUUUUUCUAUGUCUAUCUAUGUCAGUUCUAACCAUUUGUUAUAUAUCCUAGAAAUACUUAAUGAACCUAAGAGGAUUACAGGUGAGAAAUGUAUGUAUCGUCGACUGCUUUAUUUCGGUGACUGACCAGAAUCGGUGAGCUUUUGUUUACGUGUGCGCGUUGUCGUUCCCGGGUGUUGAUUACAUCAUCAAUUUCGCCGUAGUGUUUGCAAACAUACACAGAGCAUGUCUUAAAUUUUUUCCGAAAAUGAAAUACUAGAAGGAGAGUAUGCCAAGAAUCAACAUGAACAUCCUAUAAAUUAGCCCAUUUACUUGUUACUUUUUCAAGCAAAUCUUCAAAUAAAUUUAAAGUAUACCAGAAUUCUAGAAAUCUACCCUAUGUUAUUUUAUUAAUUGACGUUUAGUUGCACAUUCUUCUUGUAUAUACGUUUUUGGGGCAAACCUAUAUUAACAAUGGUCACCGAAAUAGGUGACGUCACCGUUUUAGGAUCACAAAGUGACAUGUUUUUGGUACGAAAAUAUAUUUAAUUAACGUACCAAUGGAUUUGGA